CGCGACGUACCACAGCCAAUCACAGGAUUGUUUUUCUAUCACGUCGGUGCACGGAUAGUAAGCUAACGGAUAAUGCAAAAACAAACUAUUAUAAAGAAGACGGAUUGCGGCUUAACGGCGAUAUAGCGUGGCAGGGCUUGAUUAUCUGGAACGAGUGUUUCUUGUUAGGAUUUUAUUUGUGAGCAUGUGGUACGGCCGUGACUGCGAGGACGCAAGAAUUGGGUAAGCCGAGCUAACCAGCGUUAGCAGCAGCGUGCUAAUUUUCAGCGUUCCGCAAGGCCGCAGAGAAAUACGAGCACUGCUUCCUGUUGUUGCUUUAUUGAGAAUGUAGGCUGAGCUACGAUCACAACGUCAACCCCAAAAGUGUUAUCUCGGAAACGAGCGCAGUCGUGCAGUUAUUUGCACUUCAGUUUAUUUUAUACGAGCUUGCAAGCUACCUAGCUUGUUAGCUAGCUAGCUAGCAUGAGUGAAGUGAUGGACUGCAAACAGUCCGCUGACUCUGCAUCGAGGAAACGGUGUCCAUCACCCGAUAAGGAUGAAGGCAGCCUGAUUCCCAGCAAGUCCGCAAAACUUAGUGACCAGCCAGAUGAAACGAGGGUUAGUUCUGAAAGUUGCAAAGACAGUGAAGCCGAGAGUAAAGAAGCAGCCGGGAGCGAGGGCCAGUCGAAAGAUGGUAAAGAGGAACAAGCCGCUAUGAAAGCAGAUCAGGGUUCAGAGGGCGCUGGUGGCACCAGUUCACAGCCUGUCAACAGCUCCAGCGCUGACAGCCACCACACCAGCAGUAGCACCGACAAGCCGCAGCCCUCGGAUCAGCAGGAGUCGGCUCAUGCAAAAGACAAAGCAGAGAAAACAGUAGAAACAGAGCGGCGUCCCACAGCUCCUCUGGACAAAUCCGACUCAGCUGCCAUAGCAGCUGCUGAAGCGCUGGCCAGUCUCACAGGGGGGGACGGAGAAGACAGCCAAGAGACUCCUUGUUCAUCUGAAAAGGCCAAGCAGGUGAAACAAGGGAGUAAAUUUAAACAGCGCGGGGGACACCAGUCCUCAAAAGUUGGCUCCAAAACACAAGCAGCGGCAGCAGAUAGCUCCACAUCUGUGCAUAGCACUGACAGAGAGGAUACAGAUGAUGUGCCUGAAGCAGAUGAGGGCGAUGAAUCGGUAUCUGGCUCUUCCUCCACACCGAGCUCCUCUUUCCCAUCAGAAAAUGAGGAAAACGAUGAUGGCGAAUGUGCCAUUGUGUCUGUAAAGAUGGCUCCAGAGUUGAGGCAGUCGGUGGCUCUCCUGGCACAAGUACAGAUGAGGCUGGAAGCCCUUGAGAAGAAAAGUGCCCGGCUUCACCAGAGGCUGGAGUUGAAGAUUAGUCGUCAGCGGCGCCCGCAUCUGGAUCAGAGAAGUUCUAUCACGAAAACGAUCCCUGGGUUUUGGGUGACAGCUCUGUUGAACCAUCCUCAUCUCUCAGCUCACAUUGAUGAGACCGAUGAAGACGCUCUUAGUUACAUGACUGAUCUUGAGAUUGAGUCUUUCAAGAAUAACAAAUUGGGCUACAGAAUUCGCUUCCACUUCAGACGAAACCCUUACUUUCAGAACAACAUCAUCAUGAAAGAGCUGCACCUCGGAAUGGGAGGAUCUCCCAUGUCGUUCUCCAACCCCAUUCUAUGGCAUCGUGGACACAACCUGACAGCCCACAGUGAACCCAGGAAGUCUUCACGUGGUGUUUAUGAGACGUUUUUCAGUUGGUUCAGUGACCACAGCAGCCCAGGACAAGAUGAUGUAGCACAGAUUCUUAAGGACGACCUGUACAGAGACCCUCUGAGAUACUACCUCACUCCCCUCUGGGAACCGAGGGAGAACGGCAGUAGUGGCACGGGGGCUAGAACGGCUGACAACGGCAACGGAGACGACUGUGUUGUGAUCUCUGACUCGGAUGAUGAACCCGGUGAGGAGGCUGGUGAAGCUGAACAAGGCAACAGUAGGGAUGAGGAAGAGGAGGAGGAGGAGGAAGGCGAAGAAGAGGAGGAAAGAGGGCAAAGUGCAGAUGAGAGCCCAGGGGAGGAGGAGGAUGGUGGAGAGAUUGUGAUCGACGGCUCCGACGACAGCGAUCAGGAGGAAGAAGAGGAAGAGGGAGCAUAAGAAGAAGAAGAAGACGUGAGCUUGAAGGAGUCACCGCAGGGACCAGAGACCGAGAGGAUGAAGAGAAUGCUUGGUUUGUGAAGACUAACAGCAAACAUUAAACCCUUCUUCCUGAUGUUAGUCAUUUUUAUGCACAGAAUAUCCAGUUUUGUUUUGUUUUUUAUAACAAAUAAACACACAGAAGCAUUUUAAAUCAGGUUUAACUGUAACAACAAAGCCAAGGCAGCGCGUUUCCCCUCUGUUUUAUACAGUUGGUACUGUGUCUUCUGAUGUACUCUGAUACACUUUUUGCAGUUGUUUUUUUUUU